GUUUUAUAUUAAUUUUAAUACUGCAGUGCAUUUGCUUCAUUACUUCUGUAAGAAAAGAUACACUAACAUUGGUAGAAUCUGUCGGUAUAUAUACAGAAGGAAAAAGAAUAUUUUGUGGUCUAAGCUCGUGCAAAUUUGUACCUUGGGAGACAGUGGUAGAUAUAGUCAUCAAUGAAGUUAUAACAGGACAAAGGGUUAUAUAUUAUCUUACAAUUAUAGUGAAAGAAUCAGUAGGUGGAAAAGAUUCAAUAAAAUUAAUCCCUUUGUUCCAAGAGUUAAUACCCGAGAGAAAAUGCCUGGAAUAUAUGUACGAGAGACUAGCUGGUUUGAUUGGGUGCACCAUAGGGAAAAUUCAGUUUUAAUAGUGCCUGGUUCAUACUGGUUGUGUCAUAAAAAGAACAUAUAUAAGUUUAUCUUUCGAUAUCAUCGCACGACUAGGAAUGUACAGCAGUUUACUUUCGCAAGGGAAUUAUUGAAAGUAAUUCGAAGGAUUAUAAAAAAUCCACCGCGCCAUGGACAACAAUUUAGUACAAACAAUCUUUUAGUUACCUACCAUCAUACAUUCUGGACUCGACAGGAUAAAAUAUUCGCAAUGACAAAGUUCAAACAGAGAUCCGUUGCCGCAUUUUCUUACGCGUUUAUUCUUACCAUAAAAGUAAUCUCACUUUUAGAAAGCUUAGAACAAAAUACCAGAUGUGCUGUAACAUCUUGUUCCGAUCAACCUUUAAUUUUGAAUAAUACGAAUUCAACGCAGUCUUCUGCCAACGAUCUUCCAGAGCAGAGCAACCAUCGCAAUAAUAUGCCGGAGGGAGUACUAGAUUUAAAAAUUAAGGAUAUUACUACUCAAUUAGACCAUCGCUUGACAACGAUAUCAACGGAAGGAUCCGUAAAUAUCGCGAGUAGAGAAAAAUUCAAAAUAGAAAAUGAUUGCACUCCAAGUGGUAGACACUCAACUACAUUCCCUUUUGAAGACGACAGAAUGGUUUCCAGUGAAUCAAAAGAUUUAAAUUGCGAAAAUGAUGAUAACGAAUCACUGAUGAUAGAUGAAUGCACCGUUGAAAACGAUGUGAAUAAACAGAAUGGCGAUUCUGUAUCAACCAACACACGAUCGAGAUUACCGUAUCAAUAUUUAAUAGAAAGAGAGAUCGAGGAUGCAAAACGUAAUACAUUAAAUUCCAUUGCUUCGUGCAACGAUACUAAGAAACGUAGAAAAGAUGAAAUGAGUGAAAAAUACCCCUCGUCCCCUCUGGUGGAACUACUUACAGAUUUUGAUCAAACUGACGAAGUAUGUUCCGGUAAAAAGAGAAAGCGAGCAUCAAAUAAAAUGACGUCACGAUCUUCCGAUAUUACAGAUUUAGUAAUGGAAGGAUUAAUGUUUACAAUUCGACAAGGGGAAAAUACUGUAGCAGUUAUAGAGCAGAAAACGAAACUGGAGGUGGAUGAAGUAUUAGAAAAUUCGGAGAAAAUUGAGACCAAAAAGGGAGAAAAAUGUUUACGAAAUUCUAGUUUGCUCGGAUUGGAGAACUUAAUAACAAUGAUUGAAUCAUCAAGAAAUACUAAUGUCGAACAAAAGUAUCAAAAUACAAUUACACAAGAGAAUCAUACGUCCAAAGGCACUCAUUUUCCUAAUGCAAGUUUAAAUAAAGAUUCUAAUACUGCCAACAAGAAUCAGUACAUUCAAGCAUAUGAGAAAAAUGUAAAAUUUGCAGAGGAUGAAGAUUCACAAUAUGAAGAGGACGAGGAUGAGGUUGAGGAAGAAAUAGAGGAAGAGGAAGAGGCAGAGGAAGAGGAAGACAUAAUACCAGAAGCAUUACAAGAUCAACUCUUUCAGCCGCCAGUACAUUCUUUUGAAAAAGUUAAUAAGUCUGAAGACGCAAUGAUAAAUAAAGACCUAUUAAUGGAUGAUACAGAUACUGAUGUGUCAAUCAGGUUUGGAGUAACAACUGAACGUAAUCUUGUCUUUAAUAAGACACACGAAUCACAAUAUAAAUCUAUGCCUAAUAAUAAUACUAAUAAAUCUAAGUCCAAUGUACCGACCAUAAUUUCAAAUCAAAUUAUUACUACAGAUCAAAUACCUCUUCAGUUACAAAAAAUACUUAAAAAUAGAUUAUCAACAAGAUAUACUUUAACCAACGAACGUGAACGAAAUGAAAAUAAUAUGGUUGACCAUAAAAUGCAAACAUCCGAACAAAAAGAUAUUAGUUUUCAUGUACAGUUGAAAAAUCAGAGAUUAAAUUGUAAUACACUGGAAAGUACACAAUCUUUGGAGAACCGUCAGAUUUCUCUGGCCAGUAAUAGCGAAACUCGUGAAAGUGUAUCAUCGGUGGUAUCAGCGGUAGAACAAAAAGAUCUAAAUAUUUCAGAAAACAGAUUGAGAGAAAAUGAAGAAGAAUUACAGAAGCAGUCUGUUAGUACCGAUCGAAUAGAAGUGUUAUCUUCAUCUAUAGUGCAAGAUGUUACACAGGAAUUUUAUCAGGAUCUAACGUACUUACAGAAGAAAAAAGACUUGACUAAUCAGUAUCUGAAUCUAAGAUCAAGAAGCAAACUGACAAAUACACUACGAGAUACACAUACCAGUGAGGCGCGCGUGGAAAUGAUCAAAUUCUUUCAUGAUAUUACAAGAGGUGCCAAGGUUGUUGUAAAACGCAUGAGUACAAAAAGCAUUCAUAGUAUAAUUAAAAAAAGUUCCUCGUUAGCAACAAGCAUGCACUGA